CCCACCACCACACGACACCACCAUGCGCCCGCCCCGCCGCGUCCCAUGGGCCUCCAAGGCCGAGCUGGCCGAGCUGUACGACCUCAUCUUCUCCCCGGCCGCGACAGACGAGACGAGGCAGGCCGCCCUGUCCCGCAUGGCAGUCUACAUCUCGUCGCCGAGCUGCCCGGCCUUCCUGCACCUCCUGCACACGCUCGUCGGCGCCCUGGCGUUGCCGUACCCCGCGGCGUCGGCACACGACGCCGGCGUGCUCCGCAUGACCUACGCCAUGGCUGUUGUGCGCUUCGUCAAUGGCAUGGUGGACCCGUUACAAACUGGCCCCUAUGCCCGCCCAAUAUCGCACCUCGCGGCGUCGCUCGGGCUGCCGCCGUCGCUCGUCGCCCUGCGCCACCGCGCAACGCACGAGGACCUGCCCCCGCUCCCGCUGCUCCGGAGGGCAAUGGAGCAGGCGGUCGACUACCUGCACCGCAACUCGUUCCUGCCGUUGCUGUCGAGCUCGGCGUCGAGCUCUGGUGGUAGGUGGGACCGACGUGCGCGCGCCGAGGGGCUCGUGAGCCGCUGGAAGAAGGUCGUCAAGGCCCGCGUGCGCGCGCGCGAGGUCGGCAUGGCGAACGAGAGCGGACAGGCGCUGGGCCGGCUCAAGCGGGAAGUGGAGGGCGCCGAUGUCGAGGAGCUUGUCGAGGCCGUCGUGCGCGUCGGCCUUGUGCCCGUGGCGCGGAAAAAACGCCCAAGCAAGAGCGCGACGGCACCCCCGCAGGAAAGCUUGCUCGUCUGGACGCCAUUGCUGUCCCAACUCGCCGAGUUGCACACGUCCGCCGUGGUCGCGUCACAGCUGUCCGAGCAGCUGGUGUCGGCCAUUCUGGAGACCGCGCCCCGCCACGCCCCGCCAGCAGAGACGGCCGACGACGCCGCCGAGCAGCGCAAGGAGGUGGCCUCGUACCGCUGGACGCUGGCCACGUGGCUGUUCACGCUGUGGAGUGGGCGCGUCGACGCGCUGCAGGUGACGGACGACGACAAGACCGAAGCGGUGCGCCAGCUGGCGCGUGAACUGUUCCACGACGAUGAGGUGCUGCGACGGAUCUACGCCACGGUCGCCGAGACGACUGACGCGGCGCCAAGCCUCGACAGCCUCGCCGAGCUCCUACCUGCGCCUGCGGCAGCAGGGGACGAGGACGAGGACGACUCGGAUGCCGAGCUCGACGGGCUCGAGGUGAAUGACGGCGACGAGCCAGAGCAGCUUGACGUCAGCGUCGAGGCCAGCCUUGAGGCGAUGGAGGCCAACGUGCGAUCCCUGGAGCGCAAGCUCGCUUCCCGGCGCCCAGAAGCCGAGUCUGGGGCCACUGGCGGUGACAACCCCGCGGCGGCAGAACUUGCGCCUGGCUGGCGGCGCGUAGAGGGGUGGAAGGCGUGCCCUAUUGGAGUGUGGGCGUAGUGGAUCUAGGCUGCGCAGGGGCUUGAGCCGCUGGCAGGAUACAUGCAUUCACUGCGCUGUGUUGAAUUUGUGGCCACCAAAUGCCGCUGUCAUGACUGACAUGUGAAUGAAUG